GGACCAGCAGGCCAUUUUGUCUCCCGCUCAGGUCCCUUUCGAACCAUCAAGGUAAUUAUUUGUACAGCUGUAGCGCGGGUGUGCGAGCACUUGAGAGAUUUGUUGAUGAUAAUUAAACCGAAUAAUUAAGCAAUCCAGAACUUCUCCCAAAAUGGAUUCCCAACACGACAACAACAGUGGCUCCUCCCGCUCCAGAUUUGGACACCUCCCUUUGAGCACCAGCGGUCCACUUGAGUGUGCCCUCCGGGGCACGGUGCUGCUGAACCACCCCUACUUCAACAAGGGAUCCGCAUUUACCGUGGAGGAGCGCCGCGACUUCCAAUUGACCGGUUUGCUGCCUCAAGGCGUUCAGACGCUCGAGCAGCAGGUCCAGCGGGCGUACGAGCAGUACUCGGCGCGACCGGACGACUUGGCCAAGAACACCUUUUUGACGUCCAUGAAGGAGCAAAAUGAGGUGUUAUAUUUCAGGCUCUUGCUCGAUCACCUCGAGGAGAUGUUUAGCGUUGUGUACACGCCCACGGAGGGUGAUGCCAUCCAGAACUACUCGCGGCUGUUUCGGCGGCCGCAGGGCUUGUUCCUCAACAUCCAUGAUGUCGGCCGGGUCCGCCAUGACCUGUCGCUCUGGGGCACGGCAGAUGACAUCGACUACAUCGUGGUCACCGACGGCGAGGAGAUUCUGGGCAUCGGAGAUCAGGGCUGCGGCGGCAUCCUCAUCUCCAUCGCCAAGCUCGUUCUCAUGACACUUUGUGCGGGGAUACACCCAAACCGCGUGCUACCUGUGGUGUUAGACUGCGGCACGGACAACGAGGCACUUCUGAACGAUCCCCUGUACUUGGGCCUGCGAGAGAAGCGAGUGCGCGGCGGCAAGUAUGACGAGUUUGUCGCGACCUUUGUCAGGUCUGCGCGGGAGCUGUAUCCCAAGGCAUACAUCCACUUUGAAGACUUCGGGUUUCAGAACGCUCGACGCUUGCUUGAACGAUGGCGGCCAGAGAUCCCCUGCUUCAACGACGACGUUCAAGGAACGGGGUGUGUGACCCUCGCGGCCAUUAUGGCUGCCAUGCACGUCUCGAGGCAGAAGCUCGGCGAUGUUCGCAUGGUCGUAUUUGGCGGGGGAACAGCGGGCGUUGGAAUCGCAGACCAAGUCCGGGACGCCAUCGCGGCGGGGAGCGGGAUCAGCAAGGAGGAGGCGGCGAAGCAAAUAUGGCUCAUCGACAAACCGGGUCUUCUCACAACUCGGGUCGAGGGGCUUUCCGACGCUCAGAAACCUUAUGCUAGGACGGAGGACUGGAGCGGCAAAAGGACAGACCUCUUAGGCGUUGUCAAGGAAGUCAAGCCGAAUGUGCUAAUCGGCACAUCCACGGUGCCCAGGGCGUUUACCGAGGAGAUCGUUCGCGAGAUGGCGUCCCACGUCGACCGACCCAUCAUCUUCCCACUAUCCAAUCCUACAAAGCUGCAUGAAGCCGUGCCGGCGGACUUGCUAUCAUGGACCACCGGGAAGGCGCUCGUCGCCACAGGCAGUCCUUUCAAGCCCGUCAAAGGUCCCUGGGGACCGGACGGCAACGAAGUCGAGAUUGAAGUGGCCGAAUGCAACAACAGCGUGGUCUUUCCAGGGAUUGGCCUUGGUGGUGUCUUGUGCCGCGCCAGAUUGGUUACCGACAAGAUGCUCAUCGCGGCAGUUCAAGGAGUGUCGGAGCUGAGUCCCGCGCUCAAGGAUGACACGGCACCAUUGCUUCCCGGCGUUGAGGUGGUGCGCGAGGUGAGCGUGAGAGUUGCGCGGAAGGUAAUUCAAGCUGCGAUGGAGGAAGGGCUGGCGACGCAAGAAGGUAUUCCAACGGACGAGAAUGAAUUGGAUGAGUGGAUCAGGGAGCAAAUGUGGUAUCCGGUUUACCGGCCGCUCAAGUACGUUGAGGCUCACAGCGCGAGUCGCCAAGCCAAAGGGGAGCUGAGGGUGGUCGGCAGUUUGCCCGGGCGCGGUUGAGGAGACGAAGGAAACAGGCUUUCAGAGAUACGCAGUUGUUAAGCGAUAUGAUUUAAGUGAGCAUUGCAUACUUGUAGUUUACGGAGCCGGUUUGAGGUGAAAGAGCUUCUACGAGAAUUACUCUG